CUUCUAACAUGGAAAGGAAGACUUCCGACCGCAUUCAUCACAAUGAGGAGCUUCUGCUGGAAGACCAAACGACGCCCUCUUCCUCCUCUUCAUGGCGUCUUAGAGUCGACAGCUUCCGUCUUCCCUCUCAGUCCGAUAGGCAUGUUGAUAGUCGUGCUACAUUCUCUCGUCUUCUCUGCACUCCAAAGAAACAAAAUAAGGUUCUUGAGUAUUAUAAGAAGCAAGAAAGACUCCUUGAAGCGUUUAAUGAGAUGGAAGCCAUCAACGAAACUGGUGGUAUACCAGGAAGCUUAACAGAGGAUGAAAUGAAGCAACUUGCAAGGAGUGAGAGAAUGGCAGUUAAUGUAUCAAAUAUGGCAAAUCUGCUGCUUUUUGCUGCGAAGGUUUAUGCUUCAAUUGAGAGUAGAUCCUUGGCUGUUAUUGCUUCAACCAUGGACUCUCUCUUGGACCUCUUAUCAGGUUUCAUCUUGUGGUUCACAGCUCACGCCAUGAAGAACCCAAAUCAUUAUUAUUAUCCGAUUGGUAAAAAGCGGAUGCAACCAGUGGGUAUAAUUGUCUUUGCAUCAGUGAUGGCAACUCUUGGACUCCAAAUACUGCUCGAGUCUGUCAGACAGCUAAUUUCAAAUACUGGACUUCACAUGAGCAGCCGUGAGGAAAAAUGGAUGAUUGGAAUCAUGGUUUCUGUUACUAUUGUGAAGUUUUGCCUUAUGGUUUACUGUCAAAGAUUCAGAAAUGAAAUUGUUAAAGCCUAUGCUCAAGAUCACUUCUUCGAUGUUAUUACUAAUUCAGUUGGGUUAGUAACAGCUGUUUUGGCCGUCAAGUUUUCCCGGUGGAUCGACCCUACUGGUGCUAUUAUUAUAGCAGUAUAUACAAUGAGUACAUGGGCAAGGACUGUGCUCGAGAAUGUAAGGUCACUGAUUGGAAGAACAGCUCCACCGGAUUUUCUAAAUAAGUUAACAUAUCUGAUAUGGAACCACCAUCAAGAGAUCAAGCAUAUCGACACAGUGAGAGGCUACACUUUUGGAUCUUAUUACUUUGUGGAGGUUGACAUAGUUUUACCAGAAGAUAUGCCUCUGCAUAAAGCACAUAAUAUUGGGGAGACACUUCAAGAGAAGCUCGAACAACUUCCUGAAGUUGAAAGAGCUUUCGUACAUAUCGAUUUUGAGUUCACACAUAGGCCUGAACACAAGAGCAAGGUAUAGCUAUAGCUUUUCGUCGUAUCAAUAAGCCACUUGACUUCUCUUUCUAUGUCUUUGCAAAAGUACAUUGUCAUGUUUGCUGAGUAAUAUAAAGGAUGGACGUCGACAUAAAUAUGGUCCUUCUCCCUCCCUGGGUUACACAACCAAAUGUGGUUGUAUUAUACAUGUCGGGUAUGUAUUAAAAUUAAAGGAAAAUCUGUUGUAUUAUGUAUUUGUAUUAUGAUAUGUUUUUUUUUUUUUUUUUGU